CACAACUAGUUGGCGAGUGUGAAUUUUUUGCAGUUGGUUGACGGCGACGCAACAUCAUGGCGUUAACGGAUACCGAACCGAUGUCACAUUUACUGAGAUUGGCAAACAAAUUCAACUGCUUCUACCUGUCAGGGUUCCACUCGGGAACUUGCAGAGCAUUUGUCGUCGAUGGCCAACAAGUUGGUCUCGUUCGACCCGACGUAAUGAAAGAACUUCUCAGCUACCCACAGGUAUUUCAAGUGCAUCCAGAAUAUGUUCAACUUAAUCCAGCGUUUAGAGACUAUGCUGAACGUAGCACAAAAAUGGAGGAGGUUCUUAAGGAGUGGCGAGACCAUGGAAAAUUUGUUACACUCAAGGGCUGGCGUGAGGAGUGCUAUGAAGUGAGGUCCCAAUUCAAUACUCAACCACUCUUCAAAAUGGAUCGCUCUGCUACCUGCUUGUUCGGAAUUCGAAACUACGGGGUUGACAUUACUGGAUAUGUUAUGGAUCGUGAAAAGGGGCUCUCAAUUUGGCUCCAGAAGCGUAGUCCUACAAAACAAACCUGGCCUGGUUAUUGGGAUAACAUGGUAGGUGGUGGAUUAAGCGCUGGCUAUGGUAUCCACGAAACUGGAGUGAAAGAGGCUGGAGAAGAAGCCAGUAUCCCUAGCAAGCAUCUUGGAAAACUGAAGAGCGCAGGAUGUGUUUCGUUUUUCUUUGAGAGUGAAAGGGGUCUUUUUCCCAACACUGAAUUUGUUUACGACCUGGAAUUGCCCCCAGACUUUGUACCAUCUAAUGGUGAUGGGGAAGUUGAGACAUUCGAACUUCUACCAGUUAAAGAAUGCUUGGAGAGAGUACUUUCGCCAGAGUUCAAGACAACAUCUGUGCCAGUUGUCCUUGACUUUUUCAUCAGACAUGGCUACAUCACUGCUGAAAAUGAGCCUAACUUCAUCAAAAUCGUCGAACUACUACAUGUGCCACUGCAAACCAUAUACAAUCAACCACAAAGAAAGUAUAAGAUAGAAGCUAAUGGCGAAGCGAAUAUUGCUCUAUAAAGAGGCCUUAGGAUAACAAUAGGCACUAAUUUCAAUUGAACUAAGGCUGAAAAUUCAGAAGGUUGAAUGAAAUUUUCUUUAAUCAUACUUUAUGUCUGUUUCAAGGUCUGAAGCAUGUCAGUUACUUGUGCAAAUUCACGUAGUAUAUGAUAGAGCACCAUUUCCAUAUGCGUUAUAAACAACAAACUGCAAUUAGUUAUUUGCCACGGAUGAUGUUGUCUUCACGUUGUGAAUCUGUAUACUAGACAAACGCUUCCUAAAGCAUGCUGCUAUGGUUGAUAAACUUGUGCGACAAAAGUGCUGUAUGACUUUAAAAACUAAUAGAUUGCAUUGAAUCUCAGCAUCUUCUAAUUUCUUGUUUGUUCGGUUAUUGGUUUUUGUUAUUUGAAAAAUAUGAUAUUCACUCAACGACCGAAAAAAUAAGCAACAUUGUGAACCAGAUCAAAAAUGUAUUUAAAAGUCUAAAAUUGAUUGCUAUUUGGAAGCAUUUUGGCCGCACAUUAUCUCAAAUUUUCAUGGCAAACACCUGCGUGCAUUAGUCUUGUGAGGACCAAUGACACAUGACCAAAGUUGAAGACCUGUACCUAAAAUCAUUUGCUCCUGAGUUUUCUCCCUAAUAGUAUCAUCCAGUUAAUGCUGCUCAUUCUGUAACGUGGGAUCGACCGUAGUCUGAUACUCGUAUGUUGUGAAACAAAAAAUCAGUAUUCUUUCUAGUUAUAAUUUUUGCCAGAAAUGAAACAAAACUUAUUGUUUUGCGCCCAAAUCUUCGGUUUCUGCUGGAGAUCUCCUUGCGAUUUUGAAAUAGACCUUAAUUUCAACUAUAAUUCACAAUUCAUCAGAGAAAUGAUACUGUCGGUCCUGCGUAUACUCGCAGCGUCAUAUACAUUUUAUAUUGAAAGAUUGACAAGUUUGUAAGUAUGUAGGAAGUAAUGGAGUUGGCAGUUACACAUCCUUCGUUUUAAUUAGCAUUAUAACGUACUAUACUUCGUAUCAAGUCUACCAAAUGAACUAUCCACUGGGAUAAACAUGAAAAUUCUACGGGACAACCAUUUCACGUGACUUAUCACACAACGGUUAUGAGGUAUCAAGUACUAAGAAUGCAAAUUAUUACGCUGGCUCGAGCAUCAAAGUAUUAAUACUGCAUUCCAAAUUCUACGUUUAGUGGCAAUAAUUGUUUGCACAAGCAAAAAUAAUUGGAAACAGCCGUUUCUUCCAUUUGGAAUUGCAUAUUUAUAAAAAAAUUGAAAGCUUGAUGCAUAUGAUAUCUUUAGAUGUAAACGAAUUGAAAUGUCGAUGAAAAAAAUAAGUUAGGAUUUGAUCCAAAGUAUUAAAAUAGAUAAUCAAUUUUUGAUCUGUUUGGAUAUUUCAAAGAAUCAAGAGUUAAAUCAUGCGUGGAAUUGCAAUAUGUUUUUUUUACAUAACUUUACUAAUUGACAUGAAUUUAGUUGUAGCAUUUUUAUUGCAUGGAUUGUUUUUGGGGAAGGGAACAAAAUCGUUGUGUUAUUUGUGAUAGAAAAAAUAGACUACCGAAUAAGUGUUUUUUUUUUUUUGUAUGGAAGCAUACACAAAGCUAAGUAACAUCACGAAUAUCAUUAAAUAAAUACGUGGUUGGUCACACAUUCAUGGUUAACAGUAGGCAAACAUUUCUGCUGAAUAAUAUUAUUCGUUCAGUUCUAAGUUGGAGGGCAAAGUAUACAAGUUCAUGUGACAACCAACUACAUUUAUGCGAUGACUAAGUGAACUAUGGUAACUGAUUAACAUCUGACAGUCUAUCGAUUACUGCAGCAUAAAAUAAAAUAAGCGGCAAAAAUGUGAUAUAAUAUGGCGUACGAUUUUGCUUUUUGACAAGUAAUAAAUAGCAUAAUCUUAACAUUGUUCCAAAAUGUCUUCGCCACAGGUUGUAAGAUUCGUUCAGUACCUACUUAGCUUGACCUCAUAAUCAAACGACUAUAUCUUCAUGAUGAAAUAAGCAUUAGUUGUGAAGCUAGUCAGAAACAAGCCUGAUAAAAAUUCAUCUACAAAACAUUACUCAAUUUUCAUAAAACUUCAAAUUUCUACUAAAAAUUAUUGAUACUAUGUCAUUUUAAACUCUGAAACACAUUUUCCCUCAUGCGGAUGAAUGGAUUAAAGACAGUCGUCUAAGUUCUUUUUCGUCUUUAUUAAUUUACACAAAUGGAGCACAGGACAGUUAUUUUCAUUAUAACAUCACAUAUCAGAAAUGAUAGCAUAUAGUAUGUUUGCAAUUUAGUUGGUUGCUCAAGCUCUGUCAUCUUUGAACUAUAAGUUUCCCCCAUCUGUGAUACGGUCUAGUAGGCUCUGAACGAACAUAAAAUGGCCAAUACGUGUGACACCGUAGCUGAAAGAUAGCUCAGAAUAGAUUGCGUAAAUUUAGUACUUUUUUAACGAAACUAACUACUUGAUGUGCUAGUCACCCAUAGUAAUGAUUCGUUCUUGUCAGUACAUUUUGAAUUAUUCUCACCCAACUGUAACUAUUGAACGACUUUUACCAGCAGAGAGAAUUACAUUCGUAACAAGAGGACACAUAUAUCCAGCCUUUCCAUAAAGCUGCAGAGAUCAUCAUAACUGAUAAGCUAAUUAUACCACUUUGUUUACCACAACUUUAGACUAUUGCAAUGUGAGCCUUUUGGUUGAUUAUAUUGCUUCAAAUUUUUUUCAAUCAUGUAAUAUUGUAGUUGAAGACCUCAAAUACACAAAUGUGCUUGGUGAUCUUUUGUUCAAAGUAGGCACAAUGAGUAACAUGAUUAUGAAUAAUCAUGGCGUUCAAUUUGUUUGAAUUGGACAGCGAUAAUACCAUAUCAAGAUGUUAUGUGAACUGUUCGCAAGAUCAUCUUGCAAUGCAAUUUUCGAAAAAGUGCUGGAUGAUAAUAUUUUAAAGACAAGAUAGCAAAUUAUGUAAAAACUCGUUUUCCGUUUUGUUUUCAAAUUCGCCUACUUAGGAAUUAGAGAAGUAAGAGCAACAUAAAUUCUUGAACGGCGAGCAAUUUUUUAUUCACCUUUCAUUUUUGAAAAUUGAAAUGGUUAUGCUGAGUAAAAAAAGUGGAUGUGGAUAACCAUUGAGUGAUGUGUUAACUUGAUUCAUGAUAUGAUAUUAACAGCCAGUGCUUUCUCCAAACAUACAUGAUGUUCUAUAUUGUUAUUCCACUAUAAUUUUAUAUAUUUUCAUUUGUGUUUGCACUGAUAAGAUUGUUUGCAUAACUAUUAUUUAGCAACAAAUAUUACAACCAGUAUUGGUAUUGAUGUGAGUUUAAAUUUUUACAAAAUUGAGCACAAAAAAUUCAAUUUAUAUCUAAUUAUCUCAUAAUAAGUUAUUACAUCAUUGCAUCACACACAAAGAGUUGCACAUAUCUGUAAAUGUUCGGAUUUGAGUAAGAUUUAAAUCCAACACAUGGAUUAUUCACGAGUUCGGACCACCUCUAUCAUCGUGCAUCUUUUUAUUGCAGAUGUGAUGGCAAAGAUCAGGUAUCCAUGCUGAUGAUGAAUUGUACAUAAUAUAGCCACGAGAUUGUAAUUUAUUUUGGCUAUGUUUGCUUAAGUAAUCUAAGUUAGUUUGAAAUUAUCUACAACGAAAUAAACUGCUGCUUUAUGUGA